AUGACGCCGCACUUCUUGGAAACCCCGCCGUGGCAUCACUACAAAUGCUGUUCUAUUCGCACCAUAGGAUUCGUAGUAACUGAGCACAAGUUGGGAGUCGACCAUUUGCCUUCUCCGAACAUCAAUAGGAAAAACCUAUACACUCCCUAUGCUACACUGAUUGAAUCAAUAUGUGGUGCACGGCUGGACCUUCCUGCAGAACAGUUCAUAACUCCCAAGAUCCCUGGCUAUGACCGGCUGGCAGUACCAUCGUAUUCAUUUUUGAUCACUCACCCUUCCGGACAAAGAUUACUGUUUGACCUCUCCCUUCGAAAAGACUUUCAGAAUCUUGCUCCACCCUUCAGGGACCUUUGCACAGACCCUGAAAGUGAUUGGAAAGUCUACGCCCCUCACAGCGUCUCUGACGUUCUCGUUGAGAAUGGCGUCCCAUUGGAGGAAAUCAACGCCAUUAUCUGGUCUCAUUAUCAUUUUGAUCACACUGGUGACCCUUCCUUAUUUCCCGGUACUACAGAUUUGGUCGUGGGGCCAACCUUCACCAGCAGAUUUGCACCAGGAUACCCAGGAAAAUCGGAUGCGCCGGUCAGAUCGUCCGACUGGAGAGGACGGUCUCUGCGGGAGAUGGACUUUGACCAGCACCCUGGGAAGGUAACCAUUGGAAGAUUCAAAGCAAUCGAUUGGUUUCGCGAUGGAAGCUUCUAUCUCCUGCACACACCAGGUCACACUCCAGAACAUAUGUGCGGCCUCGCGAGAGUACAGCCCGAAUCGUUUAUUCUGAUGGGAGGGGACUGUGCUCACCAUCCCGGCGAGUUCCGACCAUCCAAGCAGAGCCCUAUCCCGGAGAUCAUUCAGCCCUCGCCAUUGCCGUCUCAUCCGCAGUACGGGAGAAUUUGUCCUGGUCAUAUAUUCACCCAGCCAGGGUACAAGUCAGGAAGUACCGAUACGCCUUUCUUUAUAUCUGCUCCAGAGUAUACUCAUGAUCCUGACCAGUGCUGCUGGACUGUGGAUGGAAUAGCGGAGUUCGACGCUAGUGAGCAGGUUCUGGUCCUUAUUGCUCAUGACCACAGCAUGUUUCCCGUCUUGAGGGGCGAGGAGGAUGAUGGUAUUGGCUGGUUCUUCCCGAAAAGAUCAUUGGAUAAGUGGAAGGAGGCUGAUCUAAAGAAGAAGGGGAAGUGGAUGUUUCUAGGAGAUUUUGAGGUUACUUCUACUGAGAAUUGA